AUGUAUAAAUACUGUAUGAAUGCUCUCUACUGCUUUAACAACAAUUGUUUCUGGAAGAAAAACUCUAACAACUUAGUGGAGGUCCCUUACAUAGUGAGCAGGGAAUACUCUUCUAAUGAGAAAUCAGUGAUGACGAAUGCCAUGUCCACCUUUCACUCCAAAAGCUGCAUCCGCUUUGUGCCCAGAUCAACUCAGACCGACUACAUCAGUAUUGAGAACAGAGAUGGGUGCUUCUCUUCUUAUGGUAGAACUGGUGGAAAACAGGUGGUCUCCCUCAGAAGGAAUGAUUGUGUGUAUCACGGCCUUGUUCAGCAUGAGCUCCUUCAUGCUCUGGGCUUCUACCAUGAGCACACCAGGAGCGAUCGCGACCAGUACGUCAGGAUCAACUGGGAUAACAUCAUUCCUGAUAAGGUUGACAACUUCCAGAAACAAAAAAUCAACAACCAAAACACUCCAUAUGACUACGGCUCCGUCUUGCACUAUGGAAAAACUUCCUUCUCCAUCCGUUAUGGCCUGGAAACCAUCAUUCCCAUUCCUGAUAAGACAGUGGAAAUCAGACAGAGCCAGGGAAUGUCCAACAUUGACAUUCUAAGGGUCAACAAGCUGUAUGGAUGCUGAAGAUGAGAAAUAAUUAAAUAUGGACCAUGUGUCUGUAGAUGAUUAGUGAUGAUGGUCUUUACUUUCUGGUGGUGUUCAAGUUCUGAAAUGUGUGAUUGUGGUGGGAAAAAUAAAGAUAAUCAAAGUGCAUAAGACUUUA